AUGGCCGAGGCUCGACCCGAAGAGGAGGAGGAACACAUGAGGGAAAGUCGGGAACAAGUGGUGGUGCGGAGACAGACGGCCAGCGGCUCUGGAGGACGUCCUGACAGGCGUAAACCAGAGCAUCGACUCAGUCAGGGUCCACUCUCCUCCAUUCGAGCCGCCAUCAAGCGAACGUCCAAUAGAUCCACAUCCCUGUCAGAAACACCUCCCAGAGACAGAGAGCGAGACCGAGAGCGAGAGCGGGACAGGAGACGGCCGGAGAUCACCAUUCUCUCUGCGGAGCCCAUCUCCUCCUGGUUUCCUGGAGCUGGGUUUCCUCCUCCUCCUCCUCCUGCUGCUCAGAUCUGGGGCCCCUCACUGGCCCCCGCUGUGCUCGACAUACAGCCUCCUCCGUCGUAUGAGGAGGUGAUCCGGGAGAAGAACCAGGAGCGGGUCUUUGUUUCGGCCGCUGAAGCUCCGUCGUCUCCACAAUCAUCUGCAGUCGUCACCACAACCAUCGCCACUCAGACCGACACAAGGCGCCCGCCGGACACCGCUGCUCAAGUCCGAAGACCUCUGAGGCCACCGAAACCUCCCGUCCCACACUGCACCACAAAGUUCUCCAAAGCAGAAGACACUUUGGACCAAUCACUUUCUUUUAUACCAAACGGUGACUCCGCUCCUUCCAUAUCCACUCAGACUCCAAUAUUCCCUGAGCCUGACCAGUUGGACGCCGGGAAGCAGCGCCCUAAGCCCCGCCCUCGUUCCAAAAUCAACCUCCAGCCAAUCAGAGACGAGGUCCGUGUCCAGACGCUGGUCAAACUGCGAGACGACGGACUGAAGACACUAGCAGCGCGGGCCAACGCAAACCAGCAGACGUCAAACCAGGAGGCGACAGGUGGGACGUAUCUGCAAGAGCUUUUGGAGGCGUUUAGCUCUGACGACUGGGGUUUUCCUGAGCAACGGAUCUCCAGCCAAUCCGAGAGCGAGGACGAGUCAAACCAGGAAGUCCCCAACGAGGACCAGGAAGAGGACAUGGCGACUCUGAGGGCACGGAUCCAGGCGUUUGAACAAAUGCACGACGGGAACUUUGAAGAAACGCAACUCGAGCCACCUGGUCCAUCACUGUCCCAGCCCAAACUGCCUCCCAGACCCUCCAUUGCACCCAGGUCAAGAGGCUCAAAUGUGGGCCAGACGACACCGCCGCUGCCCCCAAGACCCACACUGGACCUCAGAGCCAGAGCCAAGACGGAGGCAUGUGAAGACGAGAGCGCUUGCAAAACUGUAAAAGUUGGAUGUCCUCGUCCCGGUGUUCCUUCAAAACCAACUGCAGUAAUUGGUCGACGGUCCAGUGCUCCAAACCUGCUCUCAAACACGACUCCUUCUGCAGACUCUGGUCCAGUCCCCAGUCGGCCCUCUGGACCCCCCAGACCGGCCCUCAGGAAGUCCACCUCCACCCAGAACACAGUGGAGCUGUCUUUACCUCCACGGCCGACCGGUGUGAAACUCCUCCCCCUCCGGCCUCCACCUAUUAAAUCGCUCCCCGGUCGCCCUCCGCCGCCGUCUUUGACCAAAAGCCCUUCGUCUUCGUCGCUACAGAGUGAGGCUUCAGUAUCGACCAAUCACACACAAGAACCCGGUCAGGUGCCGGGUCCGAAACCCAAGAAACGGCCUCCUCUUCCUCCACGACCAAAGCCUGGGCAUCCGCUGUGCAACAGUUAUGUGAAGCAGGAGGUCCUGAUUGACGUGGAUGACCCAAGCCCCGCCCCCUCAGAGACCAACAGCCAAUCGAAUUCUGCUCCUUUGAUUGACUCCACUGUGUGUCUCCUGGAUCUGGAUCUGGAACCAGAAGUCAAGAACCAGGACCGGGACCAGGACCCGCAUCAAUGUCAAUCCAAAGAAACUCUGGAAGAACUCUCUCAAACUCAAAACAUUCCUCUGCAGUCGGGUGACGAUCAGGACGAGGGGCAGGAGCCGGCUUCUAAAGGCAGCCGUCGGCGCGUGGCUCUGUUCGAUUACUCUGCCGUGGAGGAGGACGAGCUCACCUUCUCCUGCGGUGACGUCAUAGCCCUGUUGGACGUGAUUGGUGCAGGCAGAGACUGGGGGCGGGGCCAACUGCACGGACGAAUCGGAAUCUUCCCCCUGAACUUCACCCAGACUGUGGAGCCACUGCCACCAGCGCCACCGGCCACGGGCAAAACGACAACAGUGGAGACGAGCGCCGCUGACAGCACUGAACCACCGUCUUCAUCACAAGAGCCUCCGAGUGAGGAGUGGGCCGUGGCGGUGUUCGACUUCCCCGGUCAGACUGCGGGCGACCUGCGCUUCCACAAGGGGGCGCUGAUCCGGGUUUUGGAGCACGUGGAUGCAGAGUGGAGGAGAGGAAGAGUGGAGGAUCGAGAGGGACUUUACCCUGCGGCGUUCACACAACCAGCGGCCAAAGCUCGGCCAAUCAGAGCGCAGUGUUCUGAAACCAAAGCCACAGCUCUGUUUGACUUCAGCGCAGAGAACGAGGACGAACUCACUCUCAAGGCGGGGGACGUUUUGACACAAGUUGAAUCCGUGGACGAGGAGUGGAUCUUGGGAGUUGUAGGCCACAAACGAGGAAUAGUCCCUAAAAACUACAUUUCCCUUCUCACAUGA